AUGCGAACUUUCGCUCUCGUCGUGUGCUGCCUGCUCGCGGCCGGUGCCCGGGCCGUUCCCAUCUACAGCAUCGGCGUUCCCGUGGUGCAGUCGGCGCUGCAUCACACCGUCAUCCAGCCCGCCGUGCGAGCCACCGAGCACCACAGCACCGUCGUCGAGCACCACCCGGGAACGGCCGUCGUCAGCCACCAUCCGGGAGUCGUGGAGACGGUGCACCACCACCAACCUGUGGCCGUAGCCCAUGCGGUGGUCAACCCUGCACGCACUGUUGUCCACCACGUGGCGCCGGCCGUGGUCCACCACGCCGAACCCGUGGUGCACGCCGUGUUGCGGCCGGCCGUGGUGGCGCAGCAGAGGGAGCUGGUGUACACGCCGCACCACGAGCACGGCUACAGCGUCGUGCAGACGAAGGUGACCCAGCCCAGGUCCAGCGUGGUCGAGCACCAUCCUCUCACCGGGCUUCCGUACCGCCAGACCGACUACCACCACGCCCCCGUGGUGAGCGGUUCCCGGAGCUCCGUGCACCACAGCAGGCCCGCCACCCUUGUGCAGCGAACGAGGACCUUCCUGGUCUAAACA